ACUAAAAAAAAAAAAAAAAAAAAAAUAUAUUUAAGAAAAAAAAAAAAAAAAAAAAAAUUUUUAGGCCGGGCAAAUUGGGAAAAAGGAAAAGGAAAGGGAAGGAAAAAGAAAAAGAAGGAAAGAAAAGGAAAAAAGGGAAAAAAAAAGGAAAGGAAAAAAGAAAGGGAAAAGGAAAGGAAAAAGAGGAACAAAAAAAGGAAAAAAGGAAAAGGAAAAAAGAAAGGGAAAAGGAAAAAGAAUGGCCUGAACGGCUUGCAUCUGGCCUCUAAAGAAGGCCACGUGAAAAUGGUGGUCGAACUUCUGCACAAAGAGAUCAUUCUAGAAACGACAACCAAGGUAUGUCUCACGUGGGGGGUUUUCAUUGAACCCCCGGUGUGCGGGUCCCCGUGUCCCGGCCGGGCUGAGCCCUGGAAGCUCCACAGCCGGGUGCCUGGACUUGCAGAUCCAGCAGCCACACCUGGGACCCUGUGCCCGCAGACAGUGCCGCCCUCGGCCCAGAUGGCACGAACAGAGUUCUACAUCUGCCCAGCUUCCCACAUCACGGGGCCGUCCUUCUUGUGGGUACGGGGAUUUCACGCCCCUGCCACAAUCGCAACUCACUACGAGAACCUCAAGCCGGUGGCCCAGCUGCUCCUCAACAGGGGGGCUCACGCUCAACUUCCACGCAACAAGAACGGCAUCACGCCGUGCCAGCAUCGCCUACCGCAGGGGAACGUGAUCAUGGUGCGGCUCUCGCUGGACCGGGGAGCCCAAGAUAGAAACAAGGACCAAAGGGACGGCUUCACGCCCCUCGCCGUGGCCUUGCAGCAGGGCCACGAGAACGUGGUGGCCCACCUCAUCAACUACGGCACGAAGGGCAAGGUGCGCCUGCCGGCCCUGCACAUCGCGGCCCGCAACGACGACACGCGCACCGCGGCGGUGCUUCUGCAGAACGACCCCAACCCCGACGUGCUUUCCAAGACGGGAUUCACGCCCCUGCACAUCGCAGCUCACUACGAGAACCUCAGCGUGGCCCAGCUGCUCCUCAACAGGGGGGCCAGCGUCAACUUCACGCCACAGAACGGCAUCACGCCGCUGCACAUCGCCUCCCGCAGGGGGAACGUGAUCAUGGUGCGGCUCCUGCUGGACCGGGGAGCCCAGAUAGAAACAAGGACCAAGGAUGAAUUGACACCUCUCCACUGUGCAGCUCGGAACGGGCACGUGCGAAUCUCAGAGAUCCUGCUGGACCACGGGGCACCCAUCCAAGCCAAAACCAAGAAUGGCCUGUCCCCGAUCCACAUGGCAGCUCAGGGAGACCACCUCGACUGUGUCCGGCUGCUGCUGCAGUACGACGCAGAGAUCGACGACGUCACCCUGGACCACCUGACUCCACUGCAUGUGGCGGCCCACUGCGGCCACCACAGGGUGGCCAAGGUCCUCUUGGAUAAAGGGGCCAAACCCAACUCCAGAGCCCUGAACGGCUUCACGCCCUUGCACAUCGCCUGCAAGAAGAACCACAUCCGAGUCAUGGAGCUGCUGCUGAAGACGGGCGCAGCUCCCCAUGCGACAGCGUCUGGCCUGACGCCGCUCCACGUGGCCUCCUUCAUGGGGCACCUGCCCAUCGUGAAGAACCUCCUGCAGCGGGGCGCGUCGCCCAACGUCUCCAACGUGAAAGUGGAGACCCCACUACACAUGGCAGCCAGAGCAGGGCACACGGAAGUGGCCAAAUACUUACUGCAGAACAAAGCCAAAGUCAAUGCCAAGGCCAAGGAUGACCAGACCCCGCUGCACUGUGCGGCUCGCAUCGGCCACACGGACAUGGUGGCGCUCCUGCUGGAGAGCGGCGCCAACCCGAACCUGGCCACCACUGCCGGGCACACGCCCCUGCACAUCGCCGCCCGCGAGGGCCACGUGGAGACCGCCCUGGCCCUCCUGGGAAAGGACGCGUCCCAGGCCUGCAUGACCAAGAAAGGAUUCACCCCCCUCCACGUGGCGGCCAAGUAUGGCAAGGUGCGGGUGGCAGAGCUGCUGCUGGAGCGGGACGCGCACCCCAACGCCGCGGGCAAGAGCGGCCUGACGCCCCUGCACGUGGCCGUCCACCACAACAGCCUGGACGUCGUCAGACUGCUGCUUCCUCGGGGCGGCUCGCCGCACAGCCCGGCCUGGAAUGGCUACACCCCUCUGCACAUCGCCGCCAAGCAGAACCAGAUGGAGGGGGCCCGCAGCCUGCUGCAGUACGGGGCCUCGGCCAACGCGGAGUCCGUGCAGGGCGUGACUCCCCUCCACCUGGCUGCGCAGGAGGGUCACGCGGAGAUGGUCGCUCUGCUCCUCUCGAAGCAAGCCAACGGCAACCUGGGGAACAAGAGUGGACUCACACCCCUCCACCUGGUGGCACAGGAAGGCCACGUCCCGGUGGCAGACGUGCUGGUCAGACACGGUGUCGCGGUGGACGCCACCACUCGGAUGGGGUACACCCCGCUGCACGUGGCCAGUCACUACGGGAACAUCAGGCUGGUGAAGUUCCUACUGCAGCACCAGGCGAACGUCAAUGCCAAGACCAAGCUGGGGUACAGCCCCUUGCACCAGGCAGCCCAGCAAGGACACACGGACAUCGUGACUCUGCUCCUGAAAAACGGCGCUUCUCCAAACGAGGUCAGCUCGAACGGAACCACACCUCUGGCCAUAGCCAGGCGUUUGGGCUACAUAUCCGUGACGGACGUGCUCAAGGUCGUCACCGAUGAAACCAGUGCCGCGUUAGUCGGCGACAAGCACCGGCUGAGCUUCCCUGAGACGGUGGACGAGAUCCUGGACGUCUCUGAAGAUGAAGGGACUGCUCAUGUGUCUAUAAUGGGGGAAGAACUCACCGGCUCCAAGGCUGAGAGGCAAGGCUCCAGGGAUGUGGACGAAGAGAAGGAGCUGUUGGACUUUGUGCCAAAGCUAGACCAAGUGGUGGAAUCUCCGGCCAUCCCCAGGAUCCCCUGCGUCACCCCCGAGACGGUGGUCAUCAGACCGGAAGAGCCAGAACAGGCAUCCAAGGAGUACGACGAAGACUCGCUGGUGCCCAGCAGCCCGGCCACGGAGACCUCGGACAACAUCAGCCCCGUGGCCAGCCCGGUCCACACAGGGUUUCUGGUGAGCUUCAUGGUCGACGCCCGCGGAGGCUCCAUGCGAGGCAGCCGCCACAACGGCCUGCGGGUGGUGAUCCCGCCGCGGACGUGCGCCGCGCCCACGCGCAUCACCUGCCGCCUGGUCAAGCCCCAGAAGCUGAGCACCCCGCCCCCGCUGGCCGAGGAGGAGGGCCUGGCCAGCAGGGUCAUCGCCCUGGGGCCCACGGGGGCGCAGUUCUUGAGCCCUGUGAUCGUGGAGAUCCCCCACUUUGCCUCCCACGGCCGGGGGGACCGCGAGCUCGUGGUCCUGCGGAGCGAGAACGGCUCCGUGUGGAAGGAGCACAAGAGCCGCUACGGAGAAAGCUACCUGGAGCAGAUCCUCAGCGGCCUGGACGAAGAGCUGGGGAGCCUGGAGGAGCUGGAGAAGAAGAGAGUCUGCCGCAUCAUCACCACGGACUUCCCCCUGUACUUCGUGAUCAUGUCCCGGCUCUGCCAGGACUUCGACACCGUGGGCCCCGAGGGGGGCGCGCUGAAGAGCAGGCUGGUGCCCCUGGUGCAGGCCACGUUCCCGGAAAACGCCGUCACUAAGAGGGUGAAGCUGGCCCUGCAGGCCCAGCCUGUCCCGGAUGAGCUGGUCACCAAGCUCCUGGGCAACCAGGCCACCUUCAGCCCCAUCGUCACCGUGGAGCCAAGGCGCCGGAAGUUCCACCGCCCCAUCGGGCUCCGGAUCCCGCUCCCUCCGUCGUGGACCGACAGCCCGAGGGACAGCGGGGAGGGGGACACCACCAGCCUGCGCCUGCUCUGCAGUGUGGUCGCUGGGUGGGGGCGGGGCUGGCCUCACCUGGCGGAGACGUUGGUGGUGAAGUUGGCGCACUCGUUGGCGUACACCAGCUUGGUGGUUCCCGUUAUAUCUUCCCCACUGGGCAUUGGCAGGUUCUGGCUGUCGGACUGCCCCCGGACCGCCGAGGCUGUGAACUUCGCCACCCUGCUGUACGAGGAGCUCACGGCCGUGCCCUACAUGGCCAAGUUUGUCAUUUUUGCCAAGAUGAACGACCCCCGAGAAGGGCGCCUGCGCUGCUACUGCAUGACGGAUGAUAAAGUGGACAAGACCCUGGAGCAGCACGAGAACUUCGUGGAGGUGGCCCGGAGCAGGGACAUAGAGGUCUUGGAAGGAAUGCCCCUCUUUGCAGAACUCUCUGGAAACCUGGUGCCUGUGAAAAAAGCCGCCCAGCAGCGGAGCUUCCUCUUCCAGUCGUUUCGGGAGAACCGUCUGGCCAUCCCCGUGAAGGUGAGGGACAGCAGCCGCGAGCCAGGAGGGUCCCUGUCCUUUCUGCGCAAGGCGAUGAAGUACGAGGACACCCAGCACAUCCUCUGCCACCUGAACAUCACCAUGCCGCCCUGCACCAAGGGCAGCGGCGCUGAGGACAGGAGGAGGACCCUGACGCCCCUGGCCCUGAGACACAGCGCGCUCAGCGAGUCCGCACUGGGCGUCCUCAGCGGGACAGACCGCGCGGAUGUGAAGAUGGCCCUCAUCUCGGAGCACCUGGGCCUCAGCUGGGCAGAGCUGGCUCGGGAGCUGCGGUUCAGCGUGGAGGACGUCAACAGGAUCCGUGUGGAGAACCCCAACAACCUGCUGGAGCAGAGCGCAGCCCUGCUGAACCUCUGGGUCCUGCGCGAAGGCAAAGACGCCAAGAUGGAGAGCCUGUACGCGGCCCUGCGCAGCGUCGACCGGAGCGAGAUCGUGAACAUGCUGGAGGGCUCCGGCAGGCAGAGCCGCAACCUGAAGCCGGACCGGCGGCACGCGGACCGAGACUACUCGCUGUCGCCCUCCCAGAUGAAUGGUUACUCCUCGCUGCAGGACGAGCUGCUGUCCCCCGCCUCGCUGCACUAUGCGCUUCCCUCGCCGCUGCGCGCAGACCAGUACUGGAACGAGGUGGCCGUCAUAGACGCCAUCCCCCUGGCCGCCACGGAGCAUGAUGCCAUGCUGGAGAUGUCUGACAUGCAGGUGUGGUCCGCGGGCCUCACGCCCUCCCUGGUCACUGCUGAGGACUCCUCUCUGGAGUGCAGCAAGGCCGAGGACUCUGACGCCACGGGCCGCGAGUGGAAGUUGGAGGGGGCGCUCUCGGAGGACCCGCGGGGCCCCGAGCUGGGCUCUCUGGACCUCAUGGAGGACGACACAGUGGACUCAGAUGCCACAAAUGGCCUUAUCGAUUUGCUUGACCAGGAGGAAGGUCAGAGGUCAGAAGAGAAGCUGCCAGGUCAUAGGAGGCAGGAUGACUGGCCACGUGCAGGGCAGGACGCAGAGAGUGAGGUGUCUCUUGUUUCAGGCCAGCAGCGGGUGCGAGCCCGAGUCACAGCCUCGCCCACCGUGAGUCGGGUGACGGACAGGACCCGGGACAGACUGCAGGGCUGGGAUGAGGAAGGCUCCAUUGCCUCCUACCUGCAAGAAGCCGCACAAGGUUCCUGGCAAGAGGAGGCCCUGCCGGGCCCACACUCGCUCCAGAGGACAAGCCCGGCCACUCACGCGCUGGAGCCCAGCGGGUCCCUGCAGUUCUCAGAGGCCGGGAGCUCCCGGGCGGCACAGCCACCGGCGGCUGGCCUCGAUCCCAGGGGCAGGCGCUGCCAGAAGGUGGAGCAGCCUGCCCGGGCCGCGGCGUGA